AUGAGCGUGCGUACAGAAGGGAUUGCUUUAUCUCCCAUUUUGACUGAGGGUAUAGCUGAGGAUGAAGGUGACAAACAUCAGAGGAUUCUUCAUCUUAGUGAGGCACAAACAGCGACUAAGGAUAGCCUCGAUGCAGAAGAGGUUGGCAAGACACAAACGCCAACUAAGGAGUUGAAUACAGGGAAAACUGGUGAGGAGGAGGAAGUCAAGUGUGAGGUCUCUUCGAGUCCGUUGUUUCGUGUGAAGAGGGGCGCCACAAAGGACCGCAUUGAAGUGCAAAAGUCUAGUAAUUCUCUGCGUUGCACGGUGUGUGGUGAGAAUGUCCCACCCCGUGACUGGACGGGGUACUGGGAUCGUUUCCGUUUGGUUGAAUUGCUCAUCGUGCAGCUGAGGAAAUUUUGCGAAUUUUCUGUGCGACUGUUUAUUGAUUUUUUUAUGUGGGCCCUCAUGAAUAUUUACUUUCGUGAGGUGACGGUUGUGAACAAGGAAAGUAUUCCAAAGACGGGGGCGGUUGUGUUCUAUGGCAAUCAUCAAAAUCAGUUUAUAGAUGCCUUAAUGAUUCAAGCAAAUUGUGGGCGCCCUGUUCGAUUUAUAAUGGCGGAGAAAUCCUUUCACAAACCAAUCAUUGGACAGUUUGGACGCAUGACGAAUGCAGUCCCUGUCGUUCGUCCACAAGAUGUUCCUCUCAUACCUGGAGAAGGGUCCUUGCUAAGCAUGGAUGGCCCCAUUGUUCAUGGCGAAAGGACAACGUUUUCCACGUCUCUUGCUAACGGCGAUGUAAUUAUAUGGUGGAAAGGGGCAAACAAGUGCACGGCACAAAUAGCUCACAUCAACUCCGAUACAGAGUUGGAGCUCACGAUGCCGGUGAUGCCGUCAGAUGUCGUGAGACACCCCACACCCUUUAGGGUAUCCCGCCGCAUUGAUCACUCUGUCAUCUACACCAGCGUGUACCAGACGCUGCAAAGCAAUCAUUGUAUAGGUAUUUUUCCUGAGGGUGGUUCCCAUGAUCGUACAUCGCUUCUUCCACUUAAAGCCGGUGUGGCGCUUUUCAGCCUUGGGGCGGCAGAGCGAGGAGUCAGCGUUAAGGUAGUUCCAUGUGGGUUAACAUAUUUUUACGGUCAUAAGUUUCGCAGCCGCGCAUAUCUUGAGUUUGGAGACCCCAUUACGCCCUCGAAGGAACUUCUGGAGCUCUUUAGCCGAGAUAGACGCAAGGCAACAGGCAUAUUUUUGGAACAACUCAACGCAGAGUUGCGUGGGUUUACCAUUAAUGUCCCUAACUGGAGUGCUCUAAACUUUCUGCAUGGAUUUCGUCAGUUGUACCAACCUCCAAAUUGUAUUCUGGCAACCCGGGACUACCUGCGCCUGGCUCGCCGCCUCAGCGUCAUCAUGGAGGAGCAAAAGGAUAACCCAGAAUUUAUUGAUUUUCGUAACAGUGUAGAAAACUAUGGGGACUACUGCAACGCACUACUCGUACGUGACAGUCAAGCUGCCACACUUGGGAAAUUGGGGUCCAUCGAGGCACAACAACUACAACUGCUUUUUCGUCGCUCCUUUACAUUAUUUUUGAUGGGUGUUAUUCUUGUGCCUUUUUUUGUUGUGUGCCUUCCAAUUGGGAUAUUGGCGAGUUUUGUGGCAGAUCGUCAAAGGAAAAAGGCUCUUUCCGAAAGCACCGUAAAGGUUGUGGGAGUCGACGUGGAAGGGUCGUAUAAGCUUCUUGUGGGAUUUUUUAGUGUUCCUCCUGUAUUCAUGUUUGUUUCUCUCGUGACAUUUUUCUACACUGAUGCUCGCACAGCCUUAACGGUGUUAUUCAGUCUUCCCAUGGCGAUGUACGUCUCUUUAUUGAUUCUUCAAGAGGCCAUGAUGGAGCUACGCGCGGCCUUGCCGCUGUUUAUGUCUGUUAUAUCAAAGCACAAACAGUUUAGGAAGCUGUACGAGCGUCGCAAGGCGUUGGUGGCGCUCACAAAUGAAUUGGUUCGUAAAUGGGAUCCUGAGCUGGCAGAAGAGGUGCAGACGUACGUGCGAGAGUCGAAAUGCGACAUGAAACGGCGUGAACCCUCACUGUUUUCGUUACGUCACAGCAGCCUUCGACGGCUCGCAGACAAAAAUAACUGA